AUCAAGGCUAAGUUGGAAGAAGCAUGCCCUCAGACUGUGUCUUGUGCAGACAUUCUUGCUCUUGCAGCAAGAGGCUCCACUAUUCUUAGUGGAGGGCCUAACUGGGAGCUACCAUUAGGGAGGAGAGACUCAAGAACAGCAAGUUUAAUUGGUUCAAACAACAACAUUCCACCACCAAAUGCCACCAUUCAAAAUCUAAUAACAUUUUUCAAGCGUCAAGGCCUUGAUGAAGUUGACCUUGUUGCCCUCUCAGGUGCACAUACAAUUGGGGUGGCAAGGUGUGCAACAUUCAAGCAAAGACUAUACAACCAAAAUGGAAAGAACGAAGCAGAUGUGUCAAUAGAAAGAACAUUCUACUUUGGUCUCAAAACAAUGUGUCCAAGAUCAGGUGGUGACAACAACAUUUCCCCAUUGGACUUUGGUUCUCCCAGGAUGUUUGAUAACACUUACUUCAAGUUCAUUCUUCAAGGAAGAGGCUUACUCAAUUCUGAUCAAGUUCUUCUCUCUGGUGGUGUCAUCAAGACUCAAGAACUUGUCAAGAAAUAUGCUCAAGAUGAGGCUUUCUUCUUCCAACAAUUUGCUAUGUCUAUGAUCAAAUUGGGAAACCUUCGACCCAUUACCGGUUUUAACGGCCAAGUUAGAAAGAAUUGUCGCCGAGUUAAUUAAUAAUUAAUUAAGUAUAAUUAUGCGUUUAAUUAGUAAUAUUAUUGACAUGAUGAUGAUAUAUAAAAGUAGUAAAAAAUUUUAUGUAGUGAAA